AUGUCGAAGCAGCUGCAGAACACCUUCCUCCCCAGCGGCUACCCGGGCAGCGUCGGCCCCCACUACCUUCAGUACUCGUUGUGGCAGGCCGUCACAAACGUCGCCACCACCGCAAACGGCGUGCUGGCGUCGACGUUUCUUCUGUAUGCAGUCGGCCUCGGCGCGGGCGCGAUCCCCACUGCGGGCGCACUGAACUGGGUGCUGAAGGACGGCCUCGGGCAGCUGGGCACCCUGCUGUUUGCCAAGGCCAUCGCCCACAACUUUGACAUCCACUCCAAAUCAUGGUACUUCCUUUCCUUCGUGCUGCUCAGCUCCGCCACAGGCGAGUGCAUGGAGAUCGCGACCAUCCUGGUGCCCAACGCCUUCCUGGUGCUUGGCUCAUGCGCCAACAUGAUCAAGGGGCUGAGCUGGAUGGCGGGCGGCAGCACGCGCAGCGUCUUCAACUUGUCUUUUGUGCGGGACAACAACAUCGCGGACAUCACCGCCAAGAACACGAGCCAGUACAUCUUUGCGUCGCUGUUUGGGACGGCCCUGGGGGUGUCCAUAUGCGCCUACAUCGGGCAGAGUGCCCCUCUGGCGCUCACUUCCUUCAGCCUGCUGGCAGCCGUGGUGUGA